AUGAGCAGAUUAAAUUCGGCAUACACCGAAUGGGGCCUUACUGUGAACAUUGAUAAAACGGAAUAUCUAGUGACCAAUUCAGAUGAUAAAUUUGACAUUUUUAUUACUGACAAUGCAAAGCUCAGACAGGUUGAAUGGUUUAAAUAUUUGGGGGCUCGUAUAACCAGAAUGGGACUGGACAAAACAGAAGUAUCUGCUAGAAUAGAACAAGGGCGGAAGAUUAUAGGAGCACUGAAUGGCAUCUGGUGGGACAAAAACAUAAGACCAAACACAAAAGUACAUAUUGGAAGAGCCCUAGUGGAGUCGGUAGUAACUUAUGGGUGUGAAGUUUGGACCUUAAAAGCUGAACAAAAGCGAGCUUUGAAUGCACUCGAAAUGGACUAUUUGAGACGCAGUGCGGGAGUAUCUAGAAACUGGACAGAGUUAGAAACGUGGAAAUCAGAGCCAAAAUGGAUGCCACACAGACAAUAG